AACCUCAGCUUCGAUUGCGAAGGUCCUAAGGCCGCUGAGGUGAAAAGCAACGUCCUUUCUUGUCCCAAGCCAUCGAAACUCAUCAGACGGAUGACUGAAACUGAACCGAGCAAACAGGAAUGGUCGAAUCUUGGUCGCUCAGGCGAGGGACUAGAAACCCAGAUGAAGUUAACACCAGCUGAGUUGGGAAAGAACAAUCACAAGUCUUGUUUCUUCUUUUGAUUCGAAGAACGAUGUUCAAUUGUGACAGUGAGGAAGUGUGAAGAAAAGCAUUCUGGUGAUAAUAAAAGAUGGAUCUUCCAUGAAAGCAGCAGCAAAGAGUUGGCUAAAUUCAGGGCCGCCUCAUGGAAAAAGCGGACACUUGCAGUUUCGGAUCGCUCCGUCACUUCUUCAGUGUUGUUCCGCUCAAAGAUCUCAGCUUUGCCACGCUCUCUUUUCCACUGUCGAAAUCUCCGGCGACUCACAGGCGUACCACCCCCACGAUCAUUCCAUUGCCCUCGACCGGACCGAGCAAGUCCACGCCUUCUGGAUCAAGACCCACUUCGCUCGUAUUCAUAGCCACACCCGCCGUGUUUCCGCGGCAGUUCACCGACCCCAGUCGGAUCCUGCGGCUCAUGUCAAUUUUCUCGUGACGUCUUACAUCAAGAACAGCUCCCCUGAAGCUGCAAUUAGCGUGUACGCACAUGCGCGUGGAGCUGGUUACGAAUUAGACUGUUUCACCAUACCUUCAGUCCUUAAAGCCUGUGGGCACGUUUCAUGCUUGCAGGUGGGAAAGGAGAUUCACGGGUUCUCGACAAAAUGUGGUUUUGACAGCGAUGUUUUCGUGCUUAAUUCAAUGGUUUCCAUGUAUGGGGAAUGCGGACAUGUGGCACUCGCACGGUUUUUGUUCGAUGAAAUGCCCAACAGGGAUGCCGUUACCUGGAGUGUGAUGAUCCGGUGCUACAGCCACAAUGGACUUGUCGAAAAAGCGUUAGAAUUGGUUAAGGAGAUGCACAUUGUGAAUGUAAAGCCUAAUGAGGCUGCCUUGGUUAAUAUGGCCAACCUUUUCAAAGAUUUGGGUAAUGUCGAGAUGGCGAAAGCUAUGCAUGCUUAUGCAAUAAGAACUGCAACCAGCGGCUGUUCUGAUGAGAAUAUGGGAGUUAUGCUAAGCACUGCUUUGAUUGAUAUGCAUGCCCAAUGCAGAAACUUAGCUUUUGCGCAUAUGCUCUUUGAUAGGUUGACUCAGAAGAACAUAGUUGCAUGGACUGUGAUGAUUUCAGGCUACAUCCGAUGUUGCAAAUUUAGAGAAGGAGCUGAUCUUUUCAAAACAAUGCUUGAAGAAGGCCUUCUCCCAAAUGAAGUAACAUUGUUGAGUUUGAUCAUAGAGUGUGGAUCUGUUAAAGCUUUGCAACUCGGCAUGCAAAUACAUGCCUAUAUCUGUAGACACUGUUUGGGCAUCUCUUCAGCUGUGUCCGCUGGUCUGAUUGACAUGUAUGGAAAGUGCAGCAACACAAAAUAUGCUAGGGCGCUCUUUGAUCACAUAGAGAACAGAGAUUUCUUCACAUGGUCAGCAAUGGUUUCAACUUAUGCUCGAGCAGCAUUCCUCGAUCAAGCUUUCUAUUGCUUUGUCCUAAUGAGGGCUGAAGGGUUAAGACCAGAUAGGGAAACUGUAGUCAACAUCCUACUGGCAUGCGCAGGCACCGGCACAUUUGCCUUGGGAAGGCGGAUCCAUGCGUACCUGAACAAGUGUGGCAUGAAUGAUGUGAUUCUCAAAACUGCGCUUGUCGACAUGUAUGCCAAGUGUGGUGACGUAGUUGUGGCCCGCAUGCUGUUCGCUGCGGCAAUAGAUCAAGACAUAUGUAUGUGGAAUGCCAUGAUUGGUGGUUAUGGAAAGCAUGGUUGUGGAAAAGAGGCUCUGGAACUCUUUCGACAAAUGGAGGAAUUGUGCAUGAAGCCGAAUGAUAUGACGUAUAUUGUAGUUUUGCAGGCUUGCGGUCAUGCCGGGUUAGUAGGAGAAGGAAAGAGGGUUUUCCAUGAAUUGGUCAAUAGCCGCGUGUUGGUUCCCAAAAUUGAGCACUAUGGAUGUAUGGUCGACCUCCUUGGUCGAGCUGGGUUGCUUGAUGAGGCAUAUGAAGUGAUCAAAAGCAUGCCAAUCAAACCCAACUGUAUAGUAUGGGGUGCUUUAUAUGCUGCCUCGAAGCUGUUUAAAAAUACUAAAAUGGAGAAGUUGGCGUCCAAGCAAAUUACGGACAUGGGACAUCGGAGUUCAGGUUACGAGGUUCUUUUAUCGAAUAUGUUUGCCGCUGCAAACAGAUGGAGUGAUGUAGAAGAGGGAAGGAGGAGAAUGACGAAUUCAAUAAUUAAGAAAGAAGCAGGUGUGAGCAUGAUCGAAGUUGCCAUCAGGGGUUGAUCAGGGUGAAAUUGGGAAGAAAAGGUGGCUCAAGUUGGGAAGUUGGAACAAACUCCCCCUGAUAAUAAGAUCUAUCCUCCAGCAAAAGUUAUGGAAUGGAAGCAUUUGUGAAAUUCUCGUUCAAACGGUAGAGUAAAUAUUUAACUUGUCCCUAGAGUAUGAAUCUCAACCUGUAAAAAGAUGAUUUUUGCAGUGCAUUUACAUAAUUUGCACGUGCAGAUAUCCAAAAUAGAUACCAAUAAACAAGGGAAUGAAUCUGUAAUCUCUCUCU